AUUUCUUCACGAGGGGGGGUUAAAGGCCCCCAAAAUAUGCAUAUGUGAAAAGGCCAAAAAGUAACCGUCAUUGACAGGGAGUCUUAACUAGAAAAGGAAACAGGACCAAACUGGCGGGCUCGGUGAAAGCACAGCCGGCAGCGUCCCGGACGAGGAGCUUCCUGAAAAUUUGUGUUCCUAUGUAUAAAGAUGUCUUUGGUGGACUUAGGGAAGAGGUUGCUAGAAGCAGCAAGAAAAGGCCAAGAUGAUGAAGUGAGAACAUUGAUGGCAAAUGGUGCCCCAUUCACCACAGACUGGCUUGGAACAUCACCCCUCCACCUUGCAGCCCAGUAUGGUCAUUAUUCCACAGCAGAAGUGCUCCUUCGAGCAGGAGUUAGCAGGGAUGCACGGACCAAAGUGGACAGGACCCCUUUGCACAUGGCUGCAGCUGAUGGACAUGCACACAUCGUGGAACUACUUGUUAGGAAUGGUGCAGAUGUGAAUGCCAAGGACAUGCUGAAGAUGACAGCUUUGCACUGGGCCACAGAGCACCACCAUCGAGAUGUUGUAGAGCUGCUUAUCAAAUAUGGAGCUGAUGUCCAUGCUUUCAGCAAGUUUGAUAAAUCUGCUUUUGACAUAGCCCUGGAGAAGAACAAUGCUGAGAUUCUGGUCAUCCUUCAGGAAGCAAUGCAGAAUCAGGUGAAUGCUAAUCCCGAGAGAGCCAACCCUGUGACUAUGGCUACCCCAUUCAUCUUCACAUCAGGAGAAGUUGUCAACUUCGCAAGCCUUGUUUCUUCAGCCAGCACCAAGACAACCUCAGGUGACCCCCAUGCCUCCUCAACAGUACACUUCUCAAAUUCUACCACCUCAGUGCUGGCCACCCUUGCAGCUCUUGCUGAGGCAUCAGCUCCCCUCUCCAACUCACACAGAGCCACAGCUAAUUCAGAAGAAAUCAUAGAGGGAAAUUCUGUUGAUUCAUCAAUCCAGCAAGUGGUGGGGAGUGGAGGCCAGAGGGUCAUCACCAUAGUGACCGAUGGAGUCCCUCUGAGUAAUAUCCAAACUGCAAUCCCUGCUGGAGGCAUUGGCCAGCCGUUUAUUGUGACUGUGCAAGAUGGACAGCAAGUUCUAACUGUACCUGCUGGUCAGGUUGCAGAGGAGGCUGUCAUUGAGGAAGAGGCGGAAGAAGCAGAGAAAUUGCCACUGACUAAGAAACCAAGGAUAGAAGAGAUGACAAACAGUGUGGAAGAAAGCAAGGAAGGCACUGAAAGAGAGCUCCUUCAGCAGCAACUCCAGGAGGCGAAUCGGAGAGCCCAGGAAUACCGACACCAGCUUCUAAAGAAAGAGCAGGAGGCAGAACAAUACCGCCUCAAACUAGAGGCCAUGGCCCGACAACAGCCCAAUGGAGUUGAUUUUGCCAUGGUUGAAGAGGUGGCUGAGGUAGAUGCUGUAGUAGUCACAGAGGGGGAGAUGGAAGAGAGAGAGACAGAAGUGACUGGGGCAGUAGGGACCACAGAGCCUCAUACUGGAGUUUCCAUGGAAACUGUUUCAACUUAAUGUGCAAGGGCCACAACUUGUACUGUGUCCAUCUUUUUCCUCUUUAAAAAAAAAUACAGAGGACAAACAUUGUGUAAAAAUUAAGAAUGUCCUAAAGAAGAAAAUUAUAGCAGGGUACAAUGCUAUAGGCUACAACUUGGGCUCAGGAAAGCUCUCUGUGCAACUGGAAACUUCAAAGCCAAAUUUAAGGAACACGUCUUCUGAGGGUCCAAAAUAAUAAGGACCAGAUUUCUCAGCUCACAUCAUUGCUUGAAGCAUAGUGGUAAAAGAAAGGGGGAUGUUAUGGACUGAUUGUUUUUUAAAUAACUGACUUUCUAUCAGAAGAUUUUGAAAUAAUAUUUCUAAUAUGGACAUACCCAGAGCCUUUAAUAGUUGUACCAUCAAGUGACCUGAAACUUUGCCUUAGAUUUAUGAUGUGUACCCAUUAGGGAAGAAACCUAAUUGGGAGGAGGGAUUAGAUGUAAGCUUUGGGGGAGACAAAUAUAUUCUGCUUCCAAAGGAAUAGGCAGGCACUCCCCACUAUCCUGAGUUAAUUUCACUGAGAAGAAAUCACCUAAGUAAAUUUGCAUCCAUUGUGUGUCCAUAGCCCAGAUGCCAGUUUAAGAAACUAAAAUAAAAUUUUUAAAAACUGGAAAAGAAAGAAAACUUGUUGAUGUGGGAGAAGUGUAUGUAGAUCCCAAAUCCUCCAGCUGCACCUCUGCGAUGCUGGAAAGUGGCCACAAUAGAGGCUCGUGGGGUUAGGAAACAGUCUGGUCUCGAGAUACCAACUUUCCUCUGGCUAGAUUUUAUGAAAUUGCAAUGAGGAGGGUAGUCUGUUGUCAGAACAACUUGCUUCCAAACAUUUAUUUAUGUAAUAUCAAGCUUUAAUAUGAACUUUUUAACUUUAUAAAAUUUUGUUGAGUUUGCUAAGUGUGCCUUUCUGUGGAACUUACAUGGUAUCCACUCAUGUGCAAGAAAAGACAGGAGGAGAGAUGAAGGCUGAGGAUGUUGUAUUUUUAAUCCAUCUGAUUUGGGCUGAGUACACUGUUAUUUUCUUAAGGUCAGGUCUCGUGUGGAGCUUUUGUGCUUUAUAGGUGCUCAGUGUUGGCAGAGGGGGUAAGGACAACCAGUGCCAUAACGUAAGGAACCAAAGAUUCUGGCCAGAUCUUUGUCACCUUACUCUCUUCUCUCCCACCAUGCCUGCUACUUUUGCCUAGACACUUUAGAAAGUGUUUCAUUGCUGGGAUUUCUUGGAGUCUUUUUUUUUUUUUUUUAAAGAAUGGGAAUAUGGGUAGAGAGAGAGAGAGGUUGUGGAGAGGUCAUCAUCCUGGACUUGCCUUGUUAUAAAUUAGAAGCAACCAGAGGGAGAUGUGAAGGACAGGGAAGCCUGGUGUGCUGCAGUCCACAGGGUCGCAAAGAGUCGGACACGACUGAGCAGACUGAACAAGAGGGAGAUGUGCCAAGUAAACAGUUGAAUGACUGUUUAGAAUAAGAUUUUCUUAAUUAGCGAUCAUGGGGAAAACAUGUAUUUUUAAUUUGGAAUAAAAUGUGACAGUUAACAGGGUUCUAUUUACUUUGAUUAGUGAAGUAAUUUGCUGCAGUUUUCCAGAGGUGCAGAAUCAUUUAGGGCUCAAAAUAGACUGUAAACAUAACUCCCCAAACCAAAUUUAACGAAAGAGAAAAGUGAAAGUGAAGUCACUCAGUCGUGUCUGACUCUUUGCAACCCAGUGGACUGUAGCCUACCAGGCUCCUCCAUCCAUGGGAUUCUCCAGGCAAGAAUACUGGAGUGGGUUGCCAUUUCCUUCUCCAGGGGAUCUUCCUGACCCAGGGAUCCAACUCGGGUCUUCUGCAUUGCAGGCAGACACUUUACCCUCUGAGCCACCAAGGAAGCAAGCCCCAAAAGAAUUGUCUGUUAGAAGCUUAUAGACAAAAAUAGCAGUUUUGAAAUGAAUUUUGGCUCUGGGCCACCUUAGCUAGGUUUUCUCCAUGGACCAAGUACUGAGCACUUUCCAGAUGAUCAGAGAUUAGUCUGCACCAUUGGGGAUGGUGGAGAAAUUCAGUAGAACAGCCUAGGUAUGGGUGAGUGUAAAAUGGUGGUAUCUGCUGUCAAAUCGUUCUGUUUCUAUUUGCAAUGUUUUUCCUUUCUCUGAGUCCCUUUGUGAAUCAGGUGCUAACAGUAAGCUGCUAUUGUGUUCCAUUUCAGAGCUUUAGCUUAACUAUAGAGGGACCAAGUGUUACUUUAGAUGUGUUUUGUGUGUUUUCUUGGUGUAUAUAUUGACUUUAGUUCCUUGUUUUUUGGUUUGUUUGGUUUUUUUUUUCUUUCCUGUUAAGGGGGUGGAGGUUAACUCUGCAGAAAAUAUCUAGAUCCAACCAGCUACCUUAGUGCUGAUUCCAUCCAGCACUCCCUUCUGAGUAUACAGAGCCCCUACUGUUUGAAGGAACUGUUUAGAGGUUCUUAUUCUUUUUCUGUAAAAUCCUAUCAUUCCCACCCAGAAAAAUAUCUAAUAUAGCCCAAGUCAUUUUUGAUGAUGGGGUCUCUGAGAUAGGGAGUUUAAGGAGGGGUUGGGUUAGGGAGAGAGAGAA